AUGAUUCUUUUCAUCUGGGGGAUCUUCUCCACAAUCAACCGGCCCCUGGCUUAUGAUGAGCAUUCCAUCUCGUUUUUCACGAAGCCUAUUGGCACCACGAUGUGCGUUAACCAAUACGUUGUAGAGAGUCCAGUGGCGUGUCGGCUAGAGCUAGACGGGCUUGAAACUCAAUGGCGUCGGGGAGUAUCUUCCGGGGUAAGCCGGGCUCGCAGCGGAAGAUUGUUGAUCUUGAUGUAAAAAGUGGGUUCGUAGUAAACGCUAUCACUAUGUGCGCUUUGAUUCAGGCCAACGUUUUCCAGGGUCUGACGAAAAAUUUUUGACAAUAUGAUUUACCGUUUUUAUUUGGUUGUCUUUGCCAUAGUAAACGACAGAGUUUUGGCUAACACUGAACCAAGCAAUUGUCCAAUGGUUCGAUCUACGUAUUGGAAGGAUGACGUAUUUGCCUUAUUUUCCUUGUGGACAAAAGUUUCAAUUACGACAAUCUCAUUGCUUGCAAACCAAACGCGAUCCCUUCUCGAGGUCUUCUCCUGUGUCUCUUUCCACAUACUUACGGUAGUUCUUCGCACUAUGGUGUGGUCGUUUUCUCGUUAGCAUUGAAUAGCCUGGUCUGAAAACAAAAACACAAAGGAAACUUUACGUCGAUAAUUUGCCAUUUUUGAGAGUGGGCAGAAUUAUCUCGGGGCCAGCUGCGUCGAUCGCGCGAACUUGCAGAUCCCAAACCUCUGCUCGAUAGCAUACGUUUUUCUCUCGGUAUUUUGUGGCAAUGUAAAUGGAAACUAAACCUGAUUCCCUUUUAAUCGCCACUUAGACGCUAUUCAAAUCACCCUACUUACGUCAAAAGCAUCCAUGAAUCCUUUCAUUAAGUGAGGAGGAGACCCCUCAUAGGUUGUCACCAUUGCUUUAAGCACGUUUUUGAGCUUGUUAGUUGCAUCGUCCUUGUUGCUCUGGGGACCUUCUCCAGAUAUUACGUUGAAAUAUUUCUCAAAAAAGUUUUUAUAGAGGGCCCGUAGAUGCUCAAGACUUCUGCGGUCUUUUCCAUACUCUAGGAAAUGUUUUGCACUUAAAGAACUAAAAACUAAAAAAAAUAUUUUACCUGUUAUAUUUAAAAUUCUUUUUUAUAAAUAAGUAUACAUUACACGCCGUCGUUCGCGAUUUGGGCAGAAAAACAACAACAACAACAAUGAGGACUUUGAACUGAAACCCCCUACCUCUUCUUCUACCCUAAAUGGCUUUGGCUCCCAAAGCAGUCUUCUUGACUAAAUGUAAAACAAUUUGAUUUCUUCCAUGUUGUUCUCUUAGAAAAAAAGACACUUUUAAUAUACCAUCGUGCUGAAAUUUUAAAAAAAUAAACUUUAUAAUUUUACACGAAAAAUACUUUAUUGAGUGAGAAACAAGAACAAGAACAAUUUUUACCUGUUAUAUUUACGGCCAAUCCAUAGAAAUUGGUAUUUAAUAUUAAAAAUUACAAUUCUUUUUUAUAAAUAAGCAUGCAUUAUAUGAAUCGUUUACGUCAGUUAUGUCCAGGUAGAAAAAGUUGGAGCAGAGUAAAAAUAUUUGAAAUUUUUGCCUUUAUGACAAAAAAACAUUUAAAUUUCAAUAGUUAAUGAAUACUUGCCCUUCUUAGGCAUACCACGAGUCAUUCAUUUAUAAGUUUAUUGGGUGUACAAUAACUUGUCAAAUACAAUGCAUUAACUAUUAUUAUACCGAAGAGGGUCAUAUACAUAGAUUGAUUACAAUACAAAGGGGAAGAAUUGCUUAGAUACUAUAACACGACACUACCUAAUAGGCCUACUCCUAUAUGGAGGGGCACCCGGCUCCUAGCCUCAUCAAAGGCACCUACGACCCUUUCGAGUCAAGGCGUGUCUAUAUGAUAUGUCGCGCUGCUAUUGAACACAUACAACUCAAUUAAAUUUUUAUAUUUCUUAUAUAUAAUAUUAUAUCAAAUUUUAUGUAUUUACAAAGAAAAAUAUUAUUAUAUUUGAAAUAUAUAAGGCGCGUGCGUUCUACAUCUCAGCGGGCCCCCUCGCAGAAAACCCGCAUUUCUUGUCUGUAGGCCCUCUAGACAAGAAAUGCGCAUUUUCUGUCUAAAAUAGAGACAAAAUUUGCAAAACUUGUCUGAGAUAACAGACGAAGAGCCUGGCUGUUAGCCUGGACGAAAACUUCAAAAUGUUGUCUGGACUCCAGACAAGAAACGAGGAAUCCUGUCUGGUAGUCAGACAAACUUUUUUGUCUGACGAGAAACGGAAAAUCCUGUAAAAAAUCUUUAUCCACAAAAAGUUUCGAUUCUCCUCUCUGUGGGACUUGCUAGUUGCAUUUUACAGCCCAAGUUCUACGACGGAACUUGUCCGAACACCGAAACCCAAGGCAAACGACCGUCGUCGCUGACCCCGAUCACGGUGAAGGACAUCCUUCGCCUUGGAACUUCGGAGUUCCUUGAGACUGUUUUUGUUUCUGGCCGAAAAGCCGAACACCAACAAAUUCGAAAAAAAAAUUGCCCGCUCAAGCAAAGAAAACUUUCUCGCUCAGGAAAGAAAUGGGUUCCUCUCAUGAGCGAGAAACCCAGAGCCGAGAAACGCAGAGAAAAAACAAAAACGCACGCAAAAAGCGAGAGGGCACUAUGA